GGCUGACAAAUUCCGAGAUACACUUUUUUUUAUAAUAAAAUCCCACUUUCUUUACUUUUUAAACAUCACUUCAUUGACGCUUUUUGUGUACCGUACAUUUUAAAUUCCACUACCAUUGUAUUUGACAAGACAAAGAUUUAAUCAUGGUUUCCAAUAUUCCUGUUCCUACUAUUAAUGGUAUCGCACCCAUGGUCCUUGCUGCCCAUAUCACAGCUCCUGCUGCUAAUGCUACGCCUAUUGCGCGUUCUCCUAGAUCUCCCACAGCUCCUCAUAGACCCGCUGCUGCGUUGGAAGACCCCAAAGAUGUCACAACUGCUGCCUUUGUGUUGAAAGACGGAACAAGUUUCCAAGGUAUCUCAUUUGGUUCCGAAACUCAAAGUAUCUCUGGUGAAUGUGUUUUCCAAACAGGUAUGGUUGGUUAUCCCGAAUCUUUGACGGAUCCAUCUUAUCGUGGUCAAAUUCUGGUUGUUACCUUCCCAUUGGUUGGUAAUUAUGGUGUACCUUCUCGUACUGAGAUGGAUGAAUUAUUGACAGAUCUCCCCAAGAGAUUCGAGUCUAACCAAAUUCAUGUCGCUGGUUUGAUUGUCGGUAGUUAUGCCACUGAUUACUCUCAUUAUCUUGCCGAGUCAUCCCUUGCUACCUGGCUCAAGGAGAACAACGUUCCUGCUCUCUAUGGUAUCGAUACUCGUGCCAUGACCAAGAAAAUUAGAGAUCAAGGUGUUACUUUGGCCAAGAUCUUAUUCCCCAAGAAGUCUGCUGGUAAUGGUCUUGAUCACGCUGCCUUAGGUCUUUCUAUCCAGGAUGAUGGUCUUGAGCGUUGGAUGAAUGAUUACGAAACUGUCGAGUGGGUUGAUCCUAAUGAACGUAACUUGGUUGCCGAAGUCUCUAUUAAGGAACCCAAGGUCUAUUAUCCUGAUCCCAAGAAUGCCAUUAAGACCCCUAGCGGUCGUACCAUGCGUGUCAUCGCUGUGGAUAUUGGUAUGAAGUAUAAUCAAAUCCGUUGUUUUGUCUAUCGUGGUGUUGAGCUCAAGGUCGUUCCUUGGGAUUAUGAUUUCAAUGCCGAGCCCGUUGAUUCAUAUGACGGUCUUUUCCUUUCUAACGGUCCUGGUGAUCCCACUACUAUUGAACUUACUAUCUCUCGUGUUCGUACAUAUAUUCAAAAUAUCAAGAAGCCUAUCUUUGGUAUUUGUUUGGGUCAUCAAGUUAUGGCACUUGCCUCUGGUGCUAAAACCAUAAAGAUGAAAUAUGGUAACCGUGGUCACAACAUUCCUUGUACCAACAUGAUUUCCGGUCGUUGUUACAUUACAUCUCAAAAUCACGGUUAUGCUGUAGAUGCUUCUACUCUUCCCGAGAAUUUUAGCGAACUCUUUGUGAAUGCCAACGAUGGUUCCAAUGAAGGUUUGAUUCAUGAAAAAUUACCCAUUUUCUCUGUUCAAUUCCAUCCUGAAUCUACUCCUGGUCCUCGCGAUACUGAAUUCUUGUUUGAUGUCUUUAUUCAAAACAUCAAGGAGUGUCUUGAUACUAAAUCUUUAGUGCCUGUUCAAAUGCCCGGUGGUACCAAGGCUGAAAAUAUUAAGAAGAACCCUCGUGUUCACGUUGAAAAGGUGUUGGUUCUUGGUUCUGGUGGUCUUUCUAUCGGUCAAGCUGGUGAAUUUGAUUACUCUGGUUCGCAAGCUAUCAAGGCUUUGAAGGAAGAAGGUAUUUAUACUGUCUUGAUUAAUCCUAAUAUCGCCACUAUCCAAACAUCCAAGGGUUUGGCUGAUAAGGUUUACUUCUUGCCCGUUACACCCGAAUUUGUUCGCAAGGUUAUUGAGUUCGAGAAGCCUGAUGGUAUUUAUGUUACCUUUGGUGGCCAAACUGCUCUUAGUGUUGGUAUUGCAUUGAAGGAUGAAUUUGAAGCUCUUGGUGUCAAGGUUCUUGGUACUCAAAUUGAUACCAUUAUUACUACCGAAGAUCGUGAUUUAUUUGCUCAAGCACUUUACGAAAUCGACGAAAAGUGUGCUCCUUCCGCUUCUGCUGUCACUGUUGAGGAAUCUAUUACUGCUGCUAAUAACAUUGGUUACCCUGUCAUUGUACGUGCAGCUUAUGCUCUUGGUGGUCUUGGUUCAGGUUUUGCUGAUAACGAUAAGGAAUUAAUUGCUCUCUGUAACAAGGCUUUUGCUACUUCUCCUCAAGUUCUGAUUGAGAAGUCGAUGAAGGGUUGGAAGGAAAUUGAAUACGAAGUUGUUCGUGAUUGUCAAGAUAACUGUAUUACUGUUUGUAACAUGGAGAAUUUCGAUCCUCUUGGUAUCCAUACUGGUGAUUCUAUUGUUGUUGCUCCUUCUCAAACUUUAUCCGAUGAAGACUACAAUAUGCUCCGUACUACUGCUGUUAAUGUGAUCCGUCAUUUGGGUGUUGUCGGUGAAUGUAACAUUCAAUAUGCCUUGAACCCCUUCAGCAAAGAAUAUUGUAUUAUUGAGGUCAAUGCUCGUCUUUCUCGUUCUUCCGCUCUUGCCUCAAAGGCUACUGGUUACCCUCUUGCCUUUGUGGCUGCCAAGCUUGGUUUGGGUAUUCCCUUAAAUGAAAUUAAGAACAGUGUCACAAAGGUCACUUGUGCUUGUUUCGAACCUUCUCUUGAUUAUGUCGUUGUCAAGAUUCCUCGUUGGGAUCUCAAGAAAUUCAACCGUGUCAGCACUGCCCUUUCUUCUUCCAUGAAAUCUGUUGGUGAAGUGAUGGCUAUCGGUCGUACCUUCGAAGAAACUAUGCAAAAGGCUAUUCGUGCUAUUGACUAUAAUCUCGAUGGCUUUGUCUCUUCCGAUAUUAUCAAGGAUGAAGAUAUUGAAUAUGAGCUUACUCAUCCCUCUGAUCAACGUUUGUUUGCUAUUGCAAAUGCCAUGGAAAAGGGUUACACUGUAGAUCGUAUUUGGGAACUCACAAAGAUUGACAAGUGGUUCUUGAACAAGUUGAUGCGAAUUAAUAACCUCGGUGAUCGUCUCACUGGCUUUACUAAGGCUAACCUCCCCGGUAACUUGAUCCGUUCUGCCAAGCAAUUGGGUUUCUCUGAUCGUCAAAUUGCCAACAGAAUUAACAGUAACGAAUUGGCUGUUCGUCGUCUUCGUCAAGAAUUCGGAGUUACUCCCUUUGUCAAGCAAAUCGAUACAGUUGCAGCUGAAUUCCCUGCUUUUACCAAUUAUUUGUAUAUGACCUACAAUGCAGUUGAACAUGAUAUUACUUUUGAUGAUAAUGGUGUCAUGGUUCUUGGUUCUGGUGUUUAUCGUAUUGGUUCUUCAGUCGAAUUCGAUUGGUGUGCUGUCCGUGCUAUUCGUACUCUUCGUGAACAAAAGAUCAAGACUGUCAUGGUCAAUUAUAACCCCGAAACCGUUUCCACUGAUUAUGACGAAGCCGAUAGACUUUAUUUCGAAAACAUUAACAUGGAACGUGUAUUGGAUAUCUAUGAGAUUGAAAAAUCUUCUGGUGUCUUGAUGGCUAUGGGUGGUCAAACACCUAACAACAUCGCCUUGCCUCUCCAUCGUCAAAACGUCAAGGUUCUUGGUACUUCUCCUGAAAUGAUUGAUAACGCUGAAAAUCGUUACAAGUUCUCCCGUAUGUGUGACAACAUUGGUGUUGAUCAACCUCUUUGGAAAGAAUUGACUAGUUACGAAGAAGCCGAAGUUUUCUGUGAAAAGGUUGGUUAUCCUGUCUUGGUCAGACCUUCUUAUGUACUUUCUGGUGCUGCCAUGAACGUUGUUUCAUCCAAAGAUGAUCUUGAGUCUUACCUUAAGGAAGCUGCUGCUGUCUCUCGCGACUACCCUGUUGUUAUCUCAAAGUAUAUUGAAGAUGCUAAGGAAAUCGAGAUGGAUGCUGUUGCAUUAGAUGGUAAAAUGAUCAUGCAUGUUGUAUCUGAACAUGUUGAAAAUGCUGGUGUUCAUUCUGGUGAUGCUACAUUGAUUUUGCCUCCUCAAGAUUUGGAUCCCGAGACUGUUCGUAAGAUUGAAGUUGCUACUGCCAAAAUUGGUCGUGCCUUAAACAUUACUGGUCCUUUCAAUAUUCAAUUCAUUGCCAAGGAUAAUGAAAUUAAGGUCAUCGAAUGUAAUGUUCGUGCUGCUCGUUCUUUCCCCUUCGUCUCCAAGGUCACCGGUAUUGAUUUGGUUGAGAUGGCUACUCUUGCCAUGUUGGGUCUUCCUGUCACACCUUACCCCAAGAUUGCUAUGCCUAAGGAUUAUGUCGGUAUUAAGGUCCCUCAAUUCUCAUUCAGCCGUUUGUCUGGUGCUGAUCCUAUUUUGGGUGUCGAGAUGGCCUCUACUGGUGAAGUCGCUUGUUUCGGUAAAGACAAGUAUCAAGCUUACUUAAAGGCUCUUUUAGCUACUGGUUUCUCAUUGCCCAAAAAGAACAUUUUAUUCUCUAUUGGUUCUUAUAAAGAGAAGAUUGAGAUGUUACCUUCUGUCAAGAGAUUGCACGAACUCGGUUAUAGUCUCUUCGCUACUACUGGUACUGCUGAUUUCAUUUCUGAACAUGGCAUUCCAGUCAAGCAUCUCGAUACUUUAGAUGCCGAUACCGAUGAUCAAAUCAAGGCUGAAUACUCUCUUCAACAACAUUUAUCCAACAACAUGAUCGAUUUAUAUGUCAACCUGCCUUCUCGUAACAGAUUCCGCAGACCCGCCUCUUACAUGUCCAAGGGUUACCGUUCUCGUCGUAUGGCUGUUGAUUAUGAUAUUCCUCUUUUAACCAAUGUCAAGUGUGCUAAAUUGUUCGUUGAAGCCCUUGCUCGCAAGAAGGAUUUCGAAAUCUUGGGUAUUGAUUUCAAGAGCAGCAGCAACACCGCUACUCUUCCUGGUCUUUUCAAUAUUAAUGCUUUCUUGCCUUCUACUGAAGAUCUUGCUACAGUUACCAACACUUCAUUAAAGUCAGGUUUCACUACUAUUUCUGCUGUUUGUGAUGAUGUCAAGGAUCAAGCCUCUCUUGAAACCAUGAGUAGUGCUGCUCACAAGAAUGCCAGUGUUGAUUAUUUACUCAGUAUUACAGCUACCGCUGAAAACGCCGAUCAACUUGAUUCUGUUGCUUCCGAAGCCGCCGCAGUUUAUAUCGAUACUGAUAAGAUUGGUAGUGGUAAUGUUUCUGUCUUUGAUUCCGUCUUUGAUUCAUGGCCCAGCAAUCAAGUGAUGAUUACUGAAGCCAAGGCCACAGAUCUUGCUUCUAUCUUAUUGCUUGCUUCUAUUCACAGCCGUGUUAUUCAUGUUUCUAACGUCACCACCAAGGAUGAUUUAGCAUUGAUCGAAAUGACCAAGAACAAGGGAUUGAAGGUCACUUGUGAUGUUUCUAUCUAUUCCCUUUUCCUUAACAAAUCUGAUGUCGAUUCCAAGUUGUUACCAUCUGUUGCUGAUCAAGAAGGCUUAUGGAAGAAGUUGCAUGUUAUUGAUUGUUUCUCCGUUGGCUCAACUCCUGCCAAGUUAGAUAGCACCUCCAAUGCCGCCGGUAUUGCUGAAGCUUUGCCUUUACUCUUGACCGCUGUUGCUCAAGGUCGCUUAACCAUUCAAGAUAUCUCUGAACGCAUGAAUGAUAACCCUAGACGUAUUUUUGGUCUUUCUCCUCAAACUGAUACUUACAUUGACGUUGAGUUGGAUCGUUCCAAGGUUUGGACCACUGGUCCUCUUGCUGGCAAAAAGACUCAGGGCUCUAUUAGCCGUGUUGUUGUCAACGGUACUACUGUCUUUAUGGAUGGUGUCUUGAGAGUUGCUGGUUCAUUAGGUCGUGAUCUUUCUGUCCAAGCUAAGGCGGCCGAACUCGUUGUUCCUGCCCCCAAGAAGAAGGCCGAUUCCACACCCUCUGAUGCUGAUAUUUCUGAUGUCCCUGAAACAGCUCCCGAAAGAAAGUCCAUCCAACCUUUUGAUCCCAUCAAGUUGGCUGGUGCCAGUGAUCAACAAUUGGUCGCUUUCGCAACUCCUAGCUAUGAAAUCUCUGCUUCUCUUGCUCGUGUCGUUAGUCGUUCUCCUUUCUAUCGUAAGCAUAUCUUGAGAUCCAAGCAAUUCGAUCGUAGUGAUCUUCAUUUGUUAUUCGGUGUUGCUCACGAAAUGCGUAACAUGGUUGAACUUUAUGGAUCCAUCAACUUAUUGCAAGGUCGUGUUAUGAGCACCAUGUUCUUUGAACCUUCUACUCGUACUUCAUGUUCUUUUGAAGCUGCCAUGUAUCGUCUUGGUGGUAAGGUUGUUUCUGUUAGUGCCACUACCUCAUCUGUUCAAAAGGGUGAAACACUUUCUGAUACUGUUCGUACUCUUGGUUGUUAUACUGAUCUCAUUGUCUUACGUCAUCCUCAACCUGGAAGUGCCCAAAUUGCUGCCAAACACUCCAAGGUUCCUAUUAUCAAUGCUGGUGAUGGUAUCGGAGAGCACCCCACCCAAGCCUUCUUAGAUGUGUUUACUAUUCGUGAAGAGUUAGGUACAGUCAACGGCUUAAGCAUUACCAUGGUCGGUGAUCUUAAGAAUGGUCGUACUGUUCAUUCUUUGGUUAAGAUCUUGGCUUACUAUCAAGUUACAAUCAACUAUGUCUGUCCCGAUAGUUUGGCUAUGCCCAAGGAUGUUAUGGAAGAAGUUGCCGCUGCUGGUAUCACUCAAAACGUUUAUGCUUCUUUAGACGAAGUCAUUGGUAUUACUGAUGUUCUCUACAUGACCCGUGUUCAAAAGGAGCGUUUCGAUACCGAAGAAGAAUACCGUCGUGUCAAGGAUGCGUACAUCUUGAAUAACAACGUAUUGAGCAAGGCCAAGAGUCAAAUGAUUAUCAUGCAUCCUCUUCCCCGUGUUAAUGAAAUUGAACCUGAGGUUGAUUUCGAUCAAAGAGCUGCCUAUUUCCGUCAAAUGAGAUAUGGUCUCUAUGUUAGAAUGGCCUUAUUGGCCCUUGUUAUGGGUACCCAUCGAGGUUAAAAGUAACAAACUGUACAAAACAAAAAAUUCAAAAAAAAUUAUACAUAGUCUGAAUACAUAACUUUAUACAUAAAAAUAAACAUUUAAUAUAAAUACGAA